GAAACCAGUACCAAAGUGCCAACAAAGCCAGCAAAUUGAAUUCUCAAAGGCAAGUGUCAUAGUAAUUCUAUACUCUCUCUCUUUUCUCUCAAACAAACAACAAACCGACUUGCUUUAUCUUUUUUCUCCACUAACACAAAAAGACUCACCACCCUUUUGCUUUUCUGUUUUUCUUUUUUGGAUUGUUGUAGCUAGAUCCACAACAAAAACUAAACAAAGAUGAUCCCAGAACUCUUUGGUAAUGGUGCUAGUGAAAGAAACUACUCUUCCAUUAAUGGAGGAGGACUUGGAGGAGGACUUUUACUUCAACCAACAACAACAACACAGUCUCCUUCUUCUCUUCCUUCUUCUUCUCCUUGUCCAUCUUCCACAACCACCAUCCCCACCACCACCACCACUUCCACACCAGCAACCACCCCCUCAUCUGAAAACCAACAAAGUCUGAGGUGUCCACGAUGUGAUUCAUCCAACACCAAGUUCUGCUACUACAACAACUACAACCUCACUCAGCCUCGCCAUUUCUGCAAAACAUGCCGUCGUUACUGGACAAAAGGCGGCGCUUUACGUAACGUCCCCAUCGGAGGAGGCUGCCGGAAAAACAGAAACAUUGGCGCGUCGAACAACUCGGCAAAAACAUCAGUAAACAAGAUGAAGACAGUUGCAUCUGAGUUUAUAGGAAGGUCAGGUGGUCAAGGGUUUGAUCUUGAACAUGUUGUUCCACCACCAAGCCAAAUCCUCUGGGGCUCUCCACAAAAUUCUCAUCUACUUUCCUUGCUAAGAUCUAACCAAAACCCUAACCCUAACCUUGUUAAGGAAGAAGGGAAUAACUUAUUAGGGUCCCAUGUUUCUCACAUGAUGAGUUCUCAGCCGUUGGUUUCAUCAAAUGGCUAUGAUGGUAUUGGACAUGUUCUAUGCAACCCAUUUUGGAGAAACAAUCAUGAUCAAACUCAACAUUUACAAAACGGUGGCUUUGUACUUGGGGAACAACAUCCACAACAUCAGCAUCAAAGCAGUGGAAUCCAAGAACUUUACCAGAAGCUAAGGUCUUCAACAUCAUCAUCAUCAGGUAAUAAUUAUUGUAGUGAGAUUUCAUCUUCACCAACAGUGUUACUAGGGAACGUGGCUUCUAAUACCUCUACUAUAUCAAACAUUUUGGAGACAACUUCAGUUCCUGCUGCUGAAUUAGGGUACUGGAAUCCAAUUCCAACCCUUACUUGGUCUGAUCUUCCAACCACCAAUGGUGCAUAUAUCCAUAACAGUAAUAAUUAAUCUUCUUUUCUUUUUUAGAUAGUAGCAUAGGUUUUGCAUCUUAGUGUAUGCUUGUUUAGCCAUGAGUUAAACAAAAUUACAGUACUACUACUGUAAUUUUGCUAAAACUCUAAAUUGUAGUUUUUGUCGAAAUCUUUGAUUUCGACAAUCCUACCAUUAAACUCAAGCAUGCAUUAAUUUGUAUCUUAGAGUUUGUUUCUAUGGUGUGGUUGAUUUUGGUUUGGUUUGGGUGGUAUAUGAAUGUGGAUCAUCAUGCAAUAAUUUGUAUCUUUCUUACUGUUUUUUAUUUAAGUUUAGUUGAAUGUGUGAUUGGUUAAGUUAUUAA